AUGCGGGCACUGACGCCGGUGUGGAGGUCUGCCACGACUUCGUCCUCUUCAGCGACGUUCGAUCUUAUCGGGCGUGUGCCGUUGCGCAGCCGUCCACGCUACAGCCAGCAGAUGUCGGCGACACAGAAAGUUAUGGAUGGCGGUACACUUGCCGCACUGCCGGCUGCUCCCUUGAGGUACCCACGCCACGCCACACAGCAGGCUUUGCUGGAGCUGGAAGAGCAGGAGCAGCAGCAGCAGAAGCCCAGCGAUGCACUUUGUUUGGCCGCGGAAACGGUGGAUGACGACAUUAUGUUGGACGAUCUCCACAACACGCCGCUGUGCGAGGUGGCCGCCCUGUCGGAGCGAAAGAAAUUAUGCGAGCAUCACCCAGCGGCGCGUGGCGUCGGCGCUGAUGUCAUUGACUUGGUGACAGACGCCUUCAAGGUGGAGCGGGAACGACUCAUUGCGCAGCGGCGGCGGGUGCUGUACGACUUGACGCAUCCCCGCCCCUCAGAUUACACAUACAAGGGUAAGCUGGUGCCGCCUCCGCCGCUUAGCUUCGGGACGAUAUCAGAAGAGGCAAAAAUGCUUGGCAACAAGGUUAUGCUCGGACAACAUUACUCCCUGGUGAAACAGGCAGGGGUGCGGCGCGACGGUGCUGAUGAUGCUGCUCCUGGCUCUGCGGGUGCUAUGGGCCAGCGGCGACGUGGUCACCGCAAGGAAACGAUGUACGACAACCACAAUUACUUCUUUGAGAUCAACGAUCUGUACCAGGAGAUUGUACUGGUUGGCAAGGCUUGCGCGGGAAAGUCAAGUCUGCUGAAUGCGCUCCUUGGCCAGCCCGUGGCAAAGACUAGCAGCACUCCCAACACGACGCGACAGGUGUCCUUUUACCAGAGUGUCAGCCCGGCGGAGAUGCAGCGGUAUCUCAACGUGCGGGGCAACGGCCUCGUGAAACUCCCCGGUGGUGGCCUGCAGCUGACGUUUGUGGAUGUGCCGGGUUUCGGUAUGGAGGGCAUGUCGGACCAAUGGCGAGACAAGGCGGUUGAGCUGACGGACGCAUACCUUGGCGUGCGUCGCUCCGUCAACACGGUGCUGUUUUGUAUCGACUGCGAACGUGGGCUUACUAAAGCGGAUUUGCGCUACUUUACAUGGCUGGAGAACCUCCACGGGGUGUUUUUUGUGGUACUAACCAAGUGUGACUCAGUGCCACACUCACGUGUUUGUUCCGUCAUGCGGCAAAUAUACGCCGUCAUCACGAAGAACCGACGCAAGUACCGCAAGGUAUUCCCGUUUAUUCUCCCCACCUCCGCAAAGGACGGCACAAACGUGGAGGUGCUGCGCGGUUUGAUCGCCGAGACCUCCGGCCUCAUUCCUGGCGAUCGACUGCGAGAGGUCCUCAAGGCAAAGGCCGAGGCCGAUAUGCGCGCGGCGCUGGAGGAGGAGCAGAAACGGCUUCAGGAGGCACGUCACGUUGAAGUGGAGACAGCGAAGGCCUUCUUCGCCACUACAAAGGGCAAAGCCAUUGACGACACAGCGUUACCACCACCGGCUGCAACUGAGCUCCUGUCGACACCAGCGCCAACACCGGAGGCGCAGAAGUUUGUGCUUCACCUGGAUGGUCAGGGCGAUGGCAACAAGGGCGACAGGGGCACACCGCCGGUAACAGCAACCGAAGCGCAGCCGUCCUUAGUGCUUCAGACGGACGAGAGAAACGACAUGCAUGAGACUGGCUCCGACGAAAAGAAAAGAAGGCGGCAACGCUUCUUGGCGUGGCGCCACGCUCGCCCACUGCAACGACACACGUCCAGCUAUGGGUCAUUUCGGCUCAACACGGGACUUGAGAGCCCAGAUUCGGAACGGCUGGAGUUGUUGUACACAGGGACCGACGCUUCCAAAGGCAGUGCGAAUAUGAAUAGUACUGCAUCAGAUGAGGCGAAUGAUGCCGGCCAUCUGGAGGAGGAAGAAGAAAGGAAUAAUAAGGAUGCUUCUGCUAACCUUGACACACCACCCCCAGCACCAGCAGCGGCAGUCACGGCCUCCGCUGUUCUUGGCCUGAGUGGGACGGGCGGUGUGGCGGAGCCCCUUCAAGAGACAACGGGAGGUGUUAGUCGCUUCUUGACAAUUCUGAACAAGUAUGCGCAGCAGGAAACCCCGGUGAGAACAAACCAACGUAUUCAGGCGAAAGAGGAUCGGUGGCGCGAGCGCCUGCGCAGCGGGUCUGUCACACGUUUCCUUGUCGAGGAGCAUGAUGGUCGACUUGCUGAGUAUAAGGCAGGCAAAAAAUUCGGUCCUUCUGUUGUGGAGCCAGACGGUGUGGAAAGAAGACGGUCGCAGUGGGCGGCCCAGCAGUAUGUGCAGCAGGCCGUUGCUGUUCGGCCGACAGCACCAUGGGCUGCACUUGAUGACCUGCGGAAACAUAACGAACGUGUUAAACAAGAGGCGGCGAUGAAGGGCAUGUCGCGAAAGGACCUCGAGGCAUACCUACGCAACUCUGGACGCAUUACAGAAGACUUUGAGAAAUUUGAGGGCGAGGUGACUACGGCCAAGUAUAUGAAUGAGAUUCGACAAACUAAAACGCUGCGUACGCAGCAGCAGAUGCACCUCAAUAGCACGGCAAAGAUAUCAUACCGUUCGAUGCCCGUUGGGCUGUGGAAGCACUACGGGCAGAGGAACACGUACUGGCCCACGUCUAACGUGAAGGGUCGUUGA